CGUGUCGUCGAUCUGUGAGCAGAAGAUGCUUCGCGUCAAAGACGAGGAGAUGAGUCGCGGCGGCGGCGCCAGGGGGCGGGGCCUGGUGAGGAAGGGGGCGGGGCAUCAGACCGAGGACGAGGACGAGGAGGACGGAGACGAAGACGCGGUCUUCAGUGAGAGCGAGCUGGAGCUGUAUGAGCAGUACAAAGCUGCCGGGUACAGAGACCUGGUGUGGCACAGCGAGGAAGAGGACGCUCAGUCGGACUCUCUGAGGAAGAAGGCCGUGAAGGUGAAACACGUCAAGAGACGACAGAAGAAGACGGAGAAGAAGGUAAAAGAGAGGACG